GUUCCGUGAACAAUAGUAAGUCCCAAGUGCGCAUGCGCGUUGCGGUUCAACGUAAAAACACUGCGGUUUAUUGCGACUUCAUCCCGGAAAGACCGUCGAAUAUCGGUAUGACCGUGCUUCGUCUCUGUUCCUGACGAGACCUGCUACAUUUAACGCCGAAACCCAUUUUGAGGUGUUUGUGGGACUGUGACGGAGCUUGAUGGGUGCUCUUGGGAACGGUCGACGUGGCGGUCGCUCUCCGCCUUUGCUGGUGGCGGCUCUCAUCGCCUGCGUCCUCCUGCUUGGCUUCAACUACUGGGUCUCGAACUCAAGAAACGUCGAGCUGCAGAGUAGGAUGUUGGAGAUGGAGAGCCACAUGAGGCAGCUGGCUGCAGACAGAGAACGAGAGCAGGAGAGCAAGCUGAAGGCCGAGGAGGAGACACGCAGACGGAGCAAGCAGCUGGAGUUAAUGCAGGAAACACACCAGAGACAGCAAGAAAACGCUCUCAUCAACUGGAAACACGAAAGAGAUAAUCUGAAGCUGAACAUUUCCUCCAGUGCUAAAGCAAUGCAAGACAUGAAGAGUCGAAUGAAGUCAUUAAUGGAGGAUGUCAAUAAAAUGCAGAGCGAGCUGAAAUCCUGUCAAAGUAACAUGGACACAAUCAGUAAGAAAGCCACCGGUGAAAUGACUCAGUGCAACAAACAAAUCGAGGCCAUGAAAGAAGAAUGCAAUGCAAAAAUCACAGCUGCCAAACUGGAAAAGCAAAAAACAUCUGAAAAAGUUGCUCCACAGAAUGCUGAUGGUUCCAUGCAGAAAGUCUCUGUUUCAAAAGCCAAAUCUGAUGUUCCCGCUACAAACCAUCCAGAUAAGAAUGCGGAAGAUACUCCAAAAGCCAAACCAGAUGUGGAUUCACAGUCUAAAAAGGACAUCCAAACCAAUGAGUUAAUUAUGGAAAAGGAUGAGAAUGAUGCUGUGAUUUUACAAGACUCCUCACCCAUUCCCACCUCCAAACCAACCAAUAAGAAUGAGACUCGUAACAAACCAGCCAAUGAAGAAGUUCCAGAAGCAGAGGUGGACGUUUUUAAAGCAACGGUUUCAAAGGAUGCAGAUACUGUAAUGGAUGAAGCAGGGAUUUUAGACCCAAAGGAAAGAUGACAUGGGGAGAUUGGAGACGAGAAAGAGGAAGAUGCCAGAAUCGAGGAAAGGAAAGAGAAAGACGCAGCAAUUGGGAAGGAAGAUGCCAUUAUGUACGACAAUGAGGGCGAGAUAGAAAAACAGCUCUCCAGGAUUAAAGAUGAAAAUCAAGGUGGUGGUCAAGAUCUAGAGGAUGAUAUGGCAAAUUAUAACGGUGAUGAUGACAACCAACCGGAGUCUGAGGAUGAGAAGCAGGCAGAGCUUUGCUGA